AUGCCGGGGCCCAAAAGGCCGGAUGAUGGUGACUCUGAGCCACCUCGCUCGAGAAGUCCCAGGACUCGGCCCCUGCUUAGACCACGGUACUUGCAGCCGGAACCUUCUCCGCCUGAUGCACCGCCUAGUGGUCCGCCUCCUCCGGUGCCAGUCCACUAUGCUGCUGAUGAUGCUGCAACCCUUGCGGAUGACUCACCCCCAGGCGGCGCGGACUCUAUGGAUUCCGACGAGAUCACCAUUCGAGAGCUGGCUGAAGAAGCCCGGCGGCUUCGUGCGGAAAGGGGCCCAGCCAAACCUACGACAGCCUCUACACGGGCGCAUGCUGCCGUCAACACUCUACCAGCUCCUCGCGAGGAUCAUGAAAACUCGGAGUCUGAAUGCCCGGCGGAGGACGAUGAGAUCGAUGAGAACCCCUUCGAUACAUCCUCUCGACCGGAGGACGACCUUGCUGCAGCCACAGCCACACCUUCGCUUUUCAUGGAUGCGUGGUGGAACUGGGAAAAACAGGUGCCGCUGCUGAUUUGCAUAUCUGCCCUCUACCGGUACAUGCAGUGCAUCUUCUACAUUUGCCAGGCCUUCUACCACCACCUUUCGGACAUUCGGUACGGUGGCACUCUUAGAGUACCUGCAAGCUGGCAGCCCCACAUCAAUGAUGAAGCUCUAUGUCAAUUUUGCUCUGGUACAGGUGCCUCUCCUACUACGCCCACGUCUCCUACAAAGCAGUGCCGCCUGGGUCCCAAGUCCCAGGGUGCCGGAAGCAUUAGAUGUUUACGCACACCACUACUACUUUUGCUGUUGAUCGCAUGGAUACCAGCAGCAUGUGCCGGCACAGAUGCGAGGGUUGAUUCUGAUUCCCGCCCGGUUUCUGGAGCCCUUCGGGGUGAACUUUUAGGUGGGAGCACCGCUUGCACGACUACUUUUCCGGCGCCAUGCUCAGGCAGGCAACGAAUUCGCAAACGAGCUUUUGCCCGAGCGCUUCGUCGAGCCCGUUCCUCACAGGAUGGAACAACCGUCUAUCGAGGCCGAACUCUUCGUGCGCCCCAACAUAGUGAUCCACACCCAAAGCCCAACAGGCCCUCUGCAACAACUGCGUCCUCGCCGACAACGCGGCAGCGCUCCAGGCUUCGCACUUUCAGUCUGAAUGUUGGUGGUCUUGACGCCACAACGUUUGAUUGUCUUAUGGCCUGGCUCCCUAAAGCACCGUAUGAUAUCAUAGCUCUGCAGGAAAUCCACCAUGGUCUGGGGAAAGAGUCCUCACACUGGUCCUCGGCAGGUUGGACCUUCAUAACCAGUGUCGAUCCUUCCUCUAGAUUUCAGGGCCUUGCCACGCUGGUUCGACAGGACUUCCAGGGUGAUGCGGAGAUUCACCACAAGGAGAUCAAACCAGGCCGUCUGCUACAUGUACGUCUCGCACGACCCGAAUAUCACAUAGAUGUGGUGAACUUUUAUCAACAAGCUUACCAGCCAGACUCAGCGGGACACAACCUCUCCAAACGACACAGUCUGUGGGACAGCCUAAAUGCCACUAUACAACAGCUGGCCAGGCGAAACAUGUUGGUUCUGCUGGGCGACUUCAACUGUACCCCGAUUUAUGUCGCGGGGCACAUCGGAUGCUCAAUGUCCAGCGCUGAGCUCUACUCGGAUGCUGCAGAAUUUACCACCAUCCUGGAAGCUAACCAGCUGGUCGUACUCAACACAUGGUCUCGACGUCGUCUGCUCCCUACCUUUACAGGUCCUAGGCAUCAGUCCAUCAUUGACUUUAUCAUCACCCGACAGGGACAUGCAGAUGCAGUGGCUCGACGUGCUCUACCCCAACGAGGCUUCACACUCAGUCCGUGGCGUCAAGGGGGCAAGCAUCACCCAGUUGAGGCCACUCUCCCUCUACAUCCAGGCUGGCAGCGGGCCUCACCACGGUCGUCCACUCAGCCCAAAAGAUCCUAUGAUAACUUGGCUCUCACGGCUGCUGUCCGAGAUCGCACUCCGCAAUAUGAUGCCCUCCGAGAAGCUUUCAGGUCCAAACUUGCGGCGGCACAAACCUCUGACCUUCAACAAAUUAACGAUAUUCUGCUUGAUUUGGUUUGCAGGCUUUUUCCGCGAGCUCCUCCUCAACCACAGCUCCGGGCUUGGCAGACGUCGGAGGUGCAAACAUCAGUAGCGGACAUGUGGCGAGCAAGGAGGCGAAUGCAAAGGCCGGCUGACCACCCACCAGGCUCCUUUCGAGCCUGUUUUCAAGCAUGGCGACGACACCAGGAAUUUCAAAAAGCCUACAAGGCCCUUCGAAAAAGGGGCCGAGAAGCUCGCAAAGCCGUCCUCGAGAACUACCUGGAACAGGCCCAGACUGCUGUUGAGCGGGGUGAUCAUGGCUUAUUGCAUCGCAUUAUUCGGCAAAUGGCCCCCAAAACCCGACAUGCCCAGGUUCGUAUACAUGGUAAACAGGGUGAGAUGCUCACCUAUCAGCAGGAGCAGCAGGCCAUUGUUGAACAUUUUGAGACUCUGUUUCUGUCUCGACAGUCUGGAUGCACACUGUCUGCAGCUCGACCUUCGGCACACUACGAGGUCAGCCCGCUUAUGUUUCAGCAAGCCCUCGACUCGCUCAAGAUGGGCAAGGCAGUACCUCCGGGCAGCGCUCCUACCAGUGCGGUACGUGCAUGCUCGGACAUGAUCUCCACGAUUGCUGCUCCUCAGGCCGAGACCUGUCUGAAUGGGGCUGAGACGCCGUCUUUGUGGGCCGACUGUACUCUGGCACUCAUCCCCAAGCCACACAAAUCGGGGAAACGACCCGAAAACCUCCGACCUCUAGGACUACAAGAUACUGGUGCAAAGGCCUAUGCUAAGGUACUGAAGCAAUUACUCUUACGAGAAGUCAGCUCCACCAUAGCCGCUUUGCCACUGUUUGCAUAUGUACCUGGUAAAAGCACAGACACUGCUAUUUCGCGAGUGACGGCCCACUGCAGACAAGUCCGCUCUAUGCAUGAAGGGCAGCAGGCCACUGUGCAUACACGUCGGGCCCAAAUCAAACAGAAAGUGGCCAUUGGCGGCAUACAACUUGCGAUCGAUCUUUCAACAGCUUUUGAUCGAGUACCUCGUGAACGGCUAUAUCAGGCACUGAUUUGGGCAGGCGCCAGCGAGACUUUGGCACGAACAAUUAUAGAUCUGCACGAAGUCUGUAAGUACAGCAUCAAUCAUCGCGGACGUCACAGUCACAUUAACAUGCGACGUGGAGUACGCCAAGGAUGUACACUAGCUCCUUUGCUGUGGGUAGUAUACUCAGCCUAUGUAGCUGACCAUCUAGGUCAAGAAUUGUCCCACACCUGGGUAUCGCAACAUCUGACGCUGUACGCUGAUGACACACAUGCCAGCUGGCUAGUGAAUUCAUUGGGAGACCUUCGCUCAGCUCUGCAGGCCAUACCUGUCAUCUUUUCAGUAUAUCAACGAUUUGGAAUGCAGGUGAAUCCGCAAAAGUCUGGUAUUAUCCUGGGUGUCAAAGGCCUGCUAGGCAAAUCUACUCUUGCACCCCAUGUACAUGGACCUCCAGAUGCCCGACGGCUUGUGCUUGGCCCCCCGCAUCAGCAAUUGAUCAUACCUAUCAAGGAUAGUCUGACUUACCUUGGUGUCAGUAUCUCCUAUGGUGGUUUCGAGGACAUCACCCUGAAUUACAGACUGGAUGUGGCUCGUAAUACCAGAGGCCGGCUCAUUAAAAUUCUACAUGCUCGUAGAUAUCUUUCUGUUCGCAAGCGCCUCCAGCUUUACACACUGUGUGUCCGAACGGCGGCCUUAUAUGGUCUCAUGCCAGUUGGCCUCACCGCCGCUGGGCUGAGAAGACUACAUACCUUUGAGGUCAAACAUGUUCGAGCUAUCUCUCGUAGCCCGGUGCAUAUCACCCGGGAACCUACGGAGGCCCUGUACAAACGACUUGGCUUGAUUCAACCAGGAGACUACCUGCUGAAGCUCUUGAAACAGCGAACUCGUACCCUCACCAAACUCCAAGAUCUGGCGGUAGCACAAUUUCAACAGCGAAUAGAAGAACUCAAGCAACACCUCGCAGCUCUGCGACAUGGUCUUCAGGAAGUCACGGCUACCCAAGCCUUUGCCUGCCCUACUUGCGGACAAUACUUUGACACGCUGCCAGGGAUGCGCUCUCAUCACACCAAGACUCAUGGAUGGAGACUUCAGGGUGAAAGGCCUGCUUUGCAGUCCGCUGCGGGGCCCCAACCCGAGCCUGCUUUGCAGUUCGCUGCGGGGCUCACUGCUGAAGGUGCAACAGAAAACGCGCUCCUGGCUCCUUUUGAGCUACCUGAAGUGCAAGCCUUGCUUUCCACUAACCAGUGGAAGGACAAGGACACGCUCGACCCUGCAAAGCCUGUGGAGCGACACCCCGUGGGCGACACAGAUGUCGUAUCCUGCAUCAGCUCUGCCUUAUGUUACACUACUGGCGUGCCCUGCGACAGCUCAGGUCUGAACCAACCUAUAAUGGCCCACCAGGAGGAGACCUUUGGACCACAGGACCCUAUGACCAGGGGACAGUUAGCGGCGGAGGAAGUGCGGGACAUCCUGGGCGAGGCUGUGGCGACAAUGCAGCCCCAUCCACGGGAGGAUGUGGACAUGCCUGCAGCCCCAACUCUGGGGAAACGAACGGAGGAUCAACAGAUCCGACCCACAAAGUUUUCCAAGCCAGCGGGGAAGGGGCAGGGCCAAGGGCAGUCACCCACCAAGGGACCGGCAGACGACAAGCAGAACAACCCCAGCCCACCAGCAAGCUCCUGGCAAAACCCCAGGGGAUGGAAGGACCAACAGCUGCAGCGUCGGCAAGGACAGGGCUGGAAGCAGCAGGAGUGGGACGACGAAUGGUACCACCACAGCGAGGUGAAGGAGUUACGCCAAAUGGUGGAAGCCCUUCAGGAGCAUGUGAGGCUCCUGGCGAGGAUGGCCCUGCGGCACGAAGACGAGCUCUCACAAGCUCGCACAGAGCGCGACUUUCUUUUUACUUUCGAGCCGCCCACGACCGAGGCAGACUCCAACAUGGUGAACAUGCUGGGCCUCAUGUUCAAGAUGGCGGUCCUCUGGAAGGAGAAGAAGGAGAAAGGGGAGGUGGACUCCUCUCUCAGGCUUGUUCUGUUCCUGGGCCUGCUUCGCCAAUGGACGAAACAAAUCACCACCAACCUCGAGCAGCCGGAGGACUUGGAGCAACUGGCCAAGCUAAAGCUUCUUCGCCAGAAGGAUGCCGGGCAGGGCAUGGAAUGGCCAUAUCUACGAUGGAACCAGGAACGCCAGAUGCUGGAAGAGUCGCAAACCCCGGCUCUGGAUCACAAGGAGCUGAUGACAGCUCUGGCUACCCUGGAGUCGUCCAUCACAGCCCCGGGAGCCCUCCUUCGAUUCCAUGCAACGCGACGGCUUGUGGAGCAGCACCAGUCCCCGGUCACGUUCCUGGUGACGAUCGGGAUGCGGGACCCAAAGUCCCUACUCUGCCACCGCGCUCUGUGCUCGCUAUGCUUCAACGCCAGCAGCCAACUGUUGAAAUUCCGAGUCCGCCCAGCCAGGAUGGAACGCCAGCCGCUAGCCCGGGUGCUUGCCGAGCAAUUCCCACCGCCCACGGAGCAUCCCAUGGGCCGCGGACGGAGCUACAGAAAGCCCCCGUCGAAUCGCCCCAGCCCGGCACGCGAAAUGCCACCGAAGCACCCAGCAGUGCCGAUCGCGAAAGAGGGGGACCAGACGGGACAGCAGGAGGAACCCACCUCCUAG